CCGGAAGUGAUAGAUGUUAUAUCCUGUUUUGCAGGAUGAACGUUAAAGUUGAACAUUCCUCACUGUCCAGACGAUAUUAAAGCUCGAGAAUGUCGCGGAAAAACAAAGGCUCCUCUCUGCCUCCGGCCUCCCUCCACCUCCUGGUCCCUCCCGUCCGGCUCAUGUCCGCCUUCGUGCUCCAGACGCUGCAGCAGCGCCGAGUCGAGCACUACGACAAACUGCUGGACUUCAUCGGGCUGGUGACGGAGAUCGUCCCGGAGCUGCUGAGCGUCAGUCAGAGGGCUCAGCUGGUCCUGGGUCUGAGAGCCCGGCUGGUCCUGGAGCUGUGUCGCGGUGACCUCGUCGCCAACCUGCAGAGCAUCCAGAGUCACCUGGAUAAAGUCCACGCCUGCAGUGCUGAGCUGAGCUCCGAUGGACAGACCAGUGGAGAUAUUCUGAAGACCUCAUACACCAACUUUGCAAGCCUGGUUCAGAACCUGCUGGAUGUUCCUUUUGAAAGAGACUUCUUCUUCCAGGAGGUCUUUCCUGCAAACUACGGCUCUGCCUACGACGAGAGACUCCAGCAGAUGGUGUCGGACUUCCUGUCCAGGCUGGAGCUGCUGCUGCCCAUUCCAGACCUGCCACAGACAGCAGCGUGGCUCACUGAAACAGCAUCUGUGUCAGAAGACUUUGAACAACAUCUGUCUGAUCCCUUUGGCCUGAAGACUCUGCUGCUUCAUCACAGGCAACUGGGCACAAUCAGUUCAGCUCCAACAAGUAGUGAGGAAGACAUCCUGACACUGGCCUUCCCUUCUCAAACUGUUGUUGCGAGGUACACUGAGGCGUACAACGAGGAGGGUGAUGAUGAUGACUAUGACAGUGAGGAAGAGACCCUUGCAUUGGAGGAUUUAGAAGCUGGAGACUCGAGUCCAAGCUCGGAUGUCACUGCAGAUGAUUGGUUACCAAAAAAGGAAUCAGGUCCUCUGUCUCGUUUAUUCAUCUGCCCUGAGUGUUCAUUUGUUGACCGUGUUAAGAGGAAGGUGCAGGAGCACAUCCAGAGCGAGCACCAAAUAACAGCUCCCAUUAUUAAAAAAGAACCUGUGAAAAAAGCCUCCGCUAGGGCUCAGCAGAAAGGGAAAGACUUGAACACUGAAAAGAAGAUAUCCGAAGGCAACACGAACAAAAAGAGGAAACGCAAACAAAAAGACGGCGCUGAAAAGAAACGGGAACGCAAGCAAAAGAAAGACAACUUGGAAAACAAGGAGAGGAGGCGACAGAAAGGGACCACAGGCGAAGACAAAAGGUUCCUGAGCAUGAGGCCCGUGAACAAAAUCUUCACGGAGGCAAAGACCAAAUGCCUGAAGUGUGACAAGAUCUUUGAACACCCAAAUCAGCUGAAGACCCACAUGAAGCUCCACGGCCUCCGGUACCACUGCAGCCAGUGUGAGAAGGGCUUCACCAGCCCGUCGGGGUACUAUCAGCACCAGAGGCUCCACAAGCGAGGCCGGAUAUUCUCCUGCAGCCAGUGCAACAAGGGAUUCCUGUGCAAAAACUCACUCAAGCAACACGAGCGGCUGCACGAAGGCCCCUCCAACCUGUGCACCAUCUGCGGGAAGAGCUUCAGCAAGGCGGGCAUCACAAGACACAUGCAGAUGCACAGAGGGGAGAAGAAUUACCUCUGCACCACGUGCGGGAAGUCGUUUCUGUCCUCGGGGGAGCUGCUGCUGCACACGCGCUCCCACACGGGCGAGCUGCCGUACACCUGCAGCCGCUGCGGGAAGGGCUUCUCCAGCAAGAGUCACCUGAUCGUCCACACGCGCUCUCACACCGGGGAGCGUCCGUACCAGUGCUCCGAGUGCCCCAAGCGCUUCCUCACCCUGAACUGCCUGAAGAGACACACGCUCAGCCACAACGGCGUGAAACCGUUCAAGUGUCCGAGCUGCGAGAGAGAGUUCUCACAACAAGGGAAUCUAAAGAGACAUUUGGCCACUCAUAAACCUGACACGUAAUGUCAUCAGAGUGGAGUCCCUGGACAGAUUAAUACCUUUUUUAAACUUGUUAAAAAGGGAAUGGUAAAGCUGUUUCAUAUUUCAUUCAUCCUUGCUGUGAUGGAGCAGAUUUCUCUGUUCUGAUGCAGAUGUUUACCACUUGAAGUUGGGUCAUGACGUUUCUAGCAACAAUAAUAAAAAGUGAAUCCUUUUUUAAAUUCUCA